CUCCCCUCCUCUCACUGCAAAGUGACUGUACCCUGCCCCUUGCUUGCAGCCCUCCUCCGCAGGGAGGGGCAAUGGGGGGUGGAGGCAAGAGGAAAUAUAUAUAUACACAGAGGUGAAGGGAGGGAGAGGACAGUGUGCACUUAGUUCUGCGCCCAGUUCAUUAGACUUAGAAAGACGCAGAAGUUACCAGCAAUAGGCAGAAAAGAGGCGAGUGACACCCCACGUAGUUCGCUGCUCUUCAAUCCUCGGAUUGGCACUCCUGGGCUCUUCCCGCUCCCAGCAUAGGUGGGUUGCGCUGCGUUCCAAGGUGCUCGGCUUCACUUUAUUGGCGACUUCUCUUCUCCUUUCACCUGCGUGUGCCUCUUCAGCUGCAGUCACGUUAUGCUGGAACUCAAUCAGAUGACAGGAUAUUUACAGAUUCUCCGGUUGAAGCUGAUACUUAACCCUCAGCCAGUAUGAGUAACUACAGCGUAUCUUUGGUUGGCCCAGCUCCCUGGGGCUUCAGGCUGCAAGGAGGCAAAGACUUCAACAUGCCUCUAACAAUCUCCCGGCUAAGUGAUGGAGGAAAAGCUUCUCAAGCACACAUUGGAAUUGGUGACGUGGUUCUUACAAUAGACGGUAUAAGCACAGAUGGGAUGACUCAUUUAGAAGCGCAAAACAAGAUUAAGGCAUGCACUGGAUCAUUAAGUUUGACCCUUCAAAAAGCUUCAGCUGUGCCAAAAGCCAAUCCAAAUCCUCCACAAACUGAAGCACCUAAGGAAAUAUUUAAGCCUGUGCCAAUUGCAUCUCCCACACCUGUUGCACCCAAAGUCUCCAACGUGGCAUACAAUAAAGCACCUAAGCCAUUUGGAUCUGUGACCUCUUCCAAGCCUGCUUCGAUCCCAUCCGCAUCUUCUGCCUUUACCCCAGCCUCUGCAGCCCUCUCACUACAGUCUUCCCCACAACCAUCCGCUUUAUCCCUGCUGGCUAAGGUUGGCCCACCUCCCCACGCUGCAUCUGGAUUGCAUGCUAAUUCCAAACCUACCAUUGAGGGGCAUUCGCCAGCUUUGAGUGCUACUAAACCUGCAGUUAAUGUCCCACGGCAGCCUGCCAGCUAUAGCCAAACCGCCAACUUGUAUGAUAAUGAGAUUGCCCAAGAUGGGGCUGAUGUGAGAAGAGGACAGAAAGAAAACCAGGGUGACAAACAACAAAAUGGGAAAAUUCCUCCCAAACGUCCUCCACGAAAGCAUAUUGUGGACACCUACACAGAUAUCUACCAUACUUCAGUCUACAGUGAUGCCAGUAAGAAACGUCUUAUGGAUAACACCGAAGACUGGCAUCCCCGUACUGGCACUACUCAGUCUCGCUCCUUCCGUAUCCUGGCUCAGAUGACUGGUACUGAACAUAUGAAUGAACCAGAACCCGAGAAUGUGCAAAAGACCAAGGAAAGUAAUAUUUGCAAUGGAGAUAUCAGCACUUCUGUAGAGUUUCCGAAAGAAAGAGAAGAUCAAAAACUAUUGCAGAAUACAGAAGCCUGUUCAGUAGCAACUCAGACAGAUGAAGCUUCGCCUGUAGAAGAAAUGACAUUGAUAUUGGAUCCUUCAGUGAGCAGGCAAGAACCUGCAAUGUUGGAAAGAGAGGAGACCUCUUUUGUGUCUUCAUGUAGAACAUCCCCAGAAAAGCCAUCUGUUCAGACCAGCCCUUCUCAGUCUCCAAACAGGAGAAAGUCAGUAUUUGACAAUCCUUUGGAAUCUUUACCAAAAGCUGCGCCUUUCCCUCCUGCUACUGUUCAGAUAUUUAAAGUAAAUAGUCAAGUAGCUACAAUCACCAAAACAGCAUCUGUUUAUAUGAGGUCAUCUAUGAUAAUACCAGACCCUCUACUGGAGAAUAGUAGUUCGGCAGCAACUGUAACUAAUGGAAUUGGAACAAAGAUAAAUAUCAAAGAAAAAUGCAGUAUUGCUACUCAGACGUGUGACAAAGUUUUGACACCAGCAUCGCCUACUUGUGCUGUGGAAUACACAACCAGCAUCAUUCCUUCAUCCUCACAAGCGGCCUCCAGGAUUUAUAUACCAGAAAACACUAUGAAAAAUCCCCUGGAUACACUGCCAAAAUGUGCUCCUUGCCCUCCUCCAGUGCUUGCUCCUCUUGCUAUCCAAAACUGUAAGAGCAAAGUCAAUGCCGUGGCGGCUGUGACUGCUUUUGUAGGUGCCCAGGCCAGACUUUCCGAUCCCUUUGUCUCUCGCUCUCUCUUGGAUGCUCUUCUCAUAUCUCCAAUACCUAAGCCACCUUUUCCAACUUCUAAACCAUCAAGAAAAUCCACUGGUGGGUUGUACACAGGGCAAAAUCACAGCAAUGUGACCUUGGAAGCUCCACAGGCUACUGCAGCAUCUAAAACUAUGCCAAUUUCAUACAAUUCCUCACCGUCCAGCAAACCUGUCACCAGCAAGCCAACAACAUGGCAACCAGCUCCAUCAAAUGCACAGGUCACCAACAACCCAUCAAAUGCUGUGAAACCUUCCAGCAAUAACAAGUCCGUUCCCCCACCUUGGGUAGAGGACAAAGACACACUGGUACAGAGAGCUGAGCAUAUACCAGCAGGAACCCGUACCCCAAUGUGUGCCACCUGCAAUAAGGCCAUAAGAGGCCCUUUCCUAUUGGCUUUGGGGAAAUCGUGGCAUCCAGAAGAAUUUAACUGUGCCCACUGCAAAUCAAGCAUGGCCGAGAUGGGAUUUGUUGAAGAGAAAGGUGGCCUCUACUGCGAGAUUUGUUAUGAGAAGUUCUUUGCACCUGACUGUGCCCGUUGUCAGAGGAAGAUUCUUGGUGAAGUCAUCAAUGCCCUGAAACAGACUUGGCAUGUUUCCUGCUUCGUGUGUGUCGCCUGUCAUAAUCCAAUUCGGAAUAGUGUCUUUCAUUUAGAAGAUGGGGAACCCUACUGUGAAACAGAUUAUUAUUCCUUAUUUGGUACCAUUUGCCAUGGAUGUGAAUUCCCUAUUGAAGCUGGAGACAGGUUCUUGGAAGCUCUCGGACACACCUGGCAUAACACCUGUUUUGUGUGCACAAUAUGUUGUGAAAAUCUGGAAGGGCAGGCCUUCUUCUCCAAGAAGGAGAAACUUCUGUGCAAGAAGCAUGCCCAUUCUGUGAAUUUCUAAACCUGUGUUCCCGAUCCCAGAAAUAAGAAAAAGUCUUGGACGAGCAUUGUAUUCUGGGUUUUUAUUUCAUGUUUUCAUCUCUGAAGAGAUAAGAAAUAUUCAUUUUUACAGAAAAUUGUUUAAAAAAAAAAAAUCAGAUGCUGCUAUGAUGCGCAAAAAUGCUAUGGUUAAUAUAGAGGUUUUUCAUUUUAGUAAUUAUCACUUUUGUUUGCAUUUAUGGAAAACAAAAUACUCAUCAGAAUGUUGAUCACAACAAGUGAAUGCACCAAUUAUUGUAAAGCAAUUCUGAAAACAAAUGACUUAAUUCCUAAUCAACCUCUAUUUUCAUAUGGCAAGUUUUUAGGUUUGGGUUGGAGUAGGAGUAGCAGCAACAAUUUUAUUUUGAAGAGUUUAUUUGGUAUACAAAUUCACAGGCUGAAGCCCAUUUCGUAACCUUUUGCAUGAAUUAAGUCUGUGUGGCAUUACCUAUCAUGCAUAUGGGUACUGGUAAAAUAUAAGGGAUUAUACAAUGCAGUCAAACGUGGCUUCAUUCUGUAACCCAUAGCAAUCAGUUGGGUCAGAUUUUACUUGUCUAGGAUAUUGAAGACAAAUAUAUAGGAUUGGUUACUAAUGGUUCCUUUACUGGCAUCUGAUUAUUUCAUUUUCCAGUUAAAAAUAUUUAAAUUCACAGCCAUGACUGUCAGAAAUAUUUACAGGUAAGACAGGGUAAAAACACCUGCUAGGAAGUCAGCAACAAUAUAAAUUGGUUUUGAAAUAAUAAUACCCAUAAUACUUUUGUUUUAGACGUGCAGUAUAAUACACACAUAUAUUGUAAUCUGUUGCCAAACACCUUUUCAAAAGCCUAAUUAUCAAGAAGUUGGAGAUAGUCAGCUGUCUAAGUGCUCUCUGUUUAUUCAUUGGUGGUUUAUUAUUUAUAAGUUAUUUGCUAUACAUGGAGAAGACGUUAUGAUGUGCACAGAUUUCUGUGUUAUUAAAGUCUUGCCAUGUUUAAAGUCCUUUGUUGUUAGUAAUAAGAUAAAUCAGUACUGAGAAGUAUUGUGCUAUAGGGCAAGAAGUAGUGAACUUCAAAAAUGUAUUUCCCAUAGAUACAGGUAAAACCCUCAGUUUAUUAAAGGAUACAUUUACUUUCCCCAGAACAGACUCUUCUGCUUCCAGAGAAGGCAUCUCAACAUUAAUACAAUGCUAUAUUCUCCAGUUAGAAUCAACCUUACUUACACACUGUCAUGUAUCCCAUUGUUCUCUAACAUACUGAGAAAAUAUCUGCUUGCCAUUAAUAAACUGCAAAAAGACUCCAAAAGCCACAUAUAGUGCUUUAUAAAUUUUGGUGGAUCCAGAAGUUUUUCCAUCAGGUGAGCCGCUGGCCCUGGAGGAAAUUGUGAGAGUUUUGAGAAUGCAUAUCUAUGGGUGUGGGACUACACACCCUGCUAUGGAAAGUAUGUGUCCUUUAAAUUGGUAUUUAUGAAUGACAUACUGUUUCUUUACAAUUGCUUUGAAUAUUAUGUGGAGGCUGUUAAGUCAUUUCUUCAUUUAACACACGAGGAAGAGAAAAUGCACAAGAUAUGCUAUAGUUUUUUUACUGCCAGCGUUAGUGUUUAGGGGGUAUAUGUCUAUACUGAUGGUUUUUUAGAAACUGCACUAUUUUUUGUAAACUGUCAAAUGUGACAUGCUUGUUGUUUACCUAAUGAGGAUUUCUGUAUAUAGAGGGCCUACUGUAUAUCCCCUAAAAUGACCAAUUUAGAAUGGUUAAUGUUAACAGAGCCCAUACUUUCUCCAUCUGGCUGUGUAUGUAAUUUUUAAUAACCACUCCCUGACUGUUAGAUCCUUCUGAUAAUGUACAGUGAAUGAACUGCCUAGUAUAGUAUAUGUUAUUGAAGUCAUGUCUAAGUAACCUAAAAUAAUAAGUACUGUUGAUUCUAACAAAUUCUGAUGAAAUCAUUCAGGCCUGACCAGCUUGAUUCAAAAUGAAUUCACUGGGUUUUAGCUUUCAAACGACGCCUGCUUCGUUAUUCCUAUAUAUAGGUUAUUCAUUGUAUGUACAGUUGCAUGAUUGCUGUAUUAAUAUCGUGUUCCUUAAACAAGUGCACUGUGUUUAGGGUACAGAAUAACAUAACAGAAUCAUGUGUCAUGUUAUUUGCUGAUUAAAAUGUGUUUUUUUAGCAGAAAUCAUAUGUAGCAGAUAACACCAUUGAUAUCAAUAAGAGAGAGAGAGAGACAUAUAGCCCUCACAAAAGAAAAUGUAUACAUGAGACCAGUACAAUCGCAGGCAGUUGUGUAAGUUACAGUAUUAGGAAGAACAUUAUGCACAUCAAACUGUCUGUCAGCAACACUGGUUUGAGACUACCAGUUAUUUUUUGCAGCCAAACGAGUGGCUUUUUGAUUAUGAAUCCAGUGUUUCCUAUGUUGUAAGCAGCUCAGCCCCAUUGUCUGAACAAUCUAAUCUACUCUCAGUAUAAACACAGCAGCUUGCUUCUCACUGGAGUACACUACAUCACACCAGGCCAUGGUGUAAGAUUUCUAUUUUCUGUGUGGCUCUAGUGUAGCAUACAGUAUGCUUCUGGAUGUAAAUGUCAUCUCUUUGUGCUUUUCGGCAACCAACCUGCAUGGGUAAAGGCUGGGUUUCCUUCACAGAAAGACGUGGAUCAUUAUUUGCCAUCCAGAUGUUUGAACAUGUCAUCUAUGUAGCCAUGGCCAGCUUAAAGGAGAAAUAAACCCCUUAUUAAAAAAACCACCCUACCCCACAUAGACCCCCUCCUGCAUCCCCCCCACCCAGCCUAGCUGCUACCUGGGCAAAUGCCCCUAACUUUUUACUUACCCCUCGGUGCAGAUUCAGGGAUCGGAGUUCCACGCAGCCAUCUUCCGGGUGUUCGGUAAUCUGAGACCGGCGAAUCAGCGCAUGUGCAGUUGGAGUAAUUUCCCGGUUCGUGACAAUUGAUAGACAUUGCCGAAGUGCCGGAAGAAGACACAAAGCCCCAGAAGAUGGCUGCGAUGAACUCCGAUCCCUGAAUCUGCACCGAGGGGUAAGUAAAAAGUUUAGGGGCAUUUGUCCGGGGUAUCUGCUAGGCUGGAAGGGAGGGGGGAAUAUGCGGGGUAGGGUUUUUUAACUACUCUUAAGCACUGUAGUCGGCCUUCUGAGGCUUUAAAUGGCAAAAAUAUUUUGGUGAAUUGCUAUGUAACCCAUACUUAUAAUAGUUUGAAGGUUUAAUUGAUUUUAAUGUCACUGUUGUAGCAUAAUGUUUACUGAAAACAAAGGUUAUAUCCCUCAAGCAAACUGGCCCGAUUACAAUAAGCAGGUGUCACUAUUUAACUUCCAAAUUCAAUAUUCAGGAUGAGUUGAUGUCUGGCAAUUAUCAUUUAUUAUUAUUAUCCUUUAUUAUGUUUGUGCAUAUGUGAAUGGAGCAUCAAUAUACCCAUUUUGAGUCUGUUUCUUUUAAAAAAAAAACAUAUUUGGGAAUCAAAACAUCUGUUCUAUAAGUUGUACAAAAUCUGCAAGUUACUAAGGUUUAAAUGCCGGUGUCAUUCUCAUAACUUAUACAAGUUUUGCUACAAAAGCCACAGUAGCUCAGUGCUGUUUUGCUCAAGUUUCACUGCAAGGGGCAGAUUUAUCAAGGGUCGAAUUUUCGAGUUCAUAGGAGUUAUUUAAAACUCCCAUAAACACCCAUGAACCUUGAUAAAUCCACCCCCAAGUGUCAAGUUCCGGUACUGUUCUGCUUUCCUUCUGCAUUCGGGUUUUGGGUGAGUGCAAGGCUAUUGCCUGGCUGGAGUAUUUAUGUAUGUUUGAGCCUUGCUCCAUCUCCAGUACAACCUGCAGGGAGACCUCUCUGGAAGCCUGGCCUAUGGAGUAUAGAGCUUUCAUUAAAAGGCUGUAACAAGUCCAGUAUUACUUGGGAUGUGCCAGUAUAAUUUUAAUGCUAAUAACUUGCAGCUUUUGUACAAUUUGCAAAUGAACAUUUAUAUUAUAUACUGGUUUUUCUUGUACCAAUUUCUAAUGUUUAUGUUAAGAAAUGUCAUUGGGAAAUUGAGGGAAAGAACCUGAUAAGACCUGUAUAUUCUGUAUUUUCUGGGUGGAUUAUAGUGUCUUUUCAAUUUUAGGUUUAACUAUUGAAUUUACAUUUAUGUCUUGUAUGACACUGAAUAUUUAUUGUUCUAUUUUAGUUUGAAUGAACUAUUUUUAAAGAUGGUUUUAUGCAAAAGGCAAAAUAUAAAAAAAAACUUGUAUCUUGUGCCAUAGACCUUUAUUGUACAGAAAUCUGUUUAUGUACAUUUUCAGGUCUUAGUAUUACUUUACAAAGUAUAGCAGUAGACACUUUAGUAUAGUAAAUUAAAAAGAGCCCCCAAAAAGUGCUUGGGAGUUUAAUUUUCUAUCUGGUGAUCCUAAAACCACUAUAGGGGACAUUGGUUUUCUUAUGCUUAGAGUACAAACUAUAUAAUACACAUUAUAAGUCGGUCUAUGUUAGGUUUGUGUUUUCAGUUUAGCUUGUCCUGUGAAGUGUAUUCUAUCUAUCUCGCAUAUAAACGCAUCCAGUUAAUUGUGACGGGAAUGAUUUUCACGACACCGCUUUGCCGUUUCAUUUUUCCUUCCAAGAUGGCCACCAAAUCAGACUGAAAAAAUGAAUCACUAUGGAAACUGGAUGAAUAUUUACUUGCUCUUCAUGCUAAAUUCAACUUGUGAAUGCACAGUUCUUGUUAUAUUUUAUAAAUGUAUUCUUAGGGUUUAGGAAAUGUUUAUUUAAAUUAAGGUGACAGCAAGAAGUAUUAAAACAGCAAUUAUACAU